UGGUGGGCCCGUCCGAUGCCCAUAGAUUCUGGACUGGGUCCUACUGUAAUUCGUAACGAUGCGAAUGUCGCUGACGUGUGGGGCCUCGCGGGCCGGCUAUCCUCCACUGCCCACCACGAGCUCCACGACGGCAGCUACUGGCAGCGGUUGUCCGUGUCCAUGGCGACGCUGACGGCCCGCCUCGCACCCCCGUCUUGCUCCGCCUCCUCCUCGUGGCCGUCCUCUUCCCGCCGGCUCGGUCGCCGGCCUACCCUCCGGCUCCGCUGCUCCUCGCCACCGGUCGAUGCGGCGGCGGCGGCGGCGCCCGGGAAGGGCGGCGAGUACCGGCCCUCCUUCGCUGACGAUCUCCUCCUCGCCUUCUUCCGGAGCAAGAUGGUGGAGGAGGUUGGAUGGGAUUCUGAAAAGCCUGGGUAUGCUGGGCUGAUCGAAGUUGCGAAUCGUCUCAUGGUCAAGGGGAAGAGUGCUUUGGAGACUGAGAAAUCAGCUGUCCGGGUACUCCAGUCAUUGUUUCCCCCUCUCCUGCUUGUUCUUUUCAAAGCUCUUUUAGCUCCACUUGUUAAUGGUCAACUAGCCUCCAUGAUGGUCGCAAGAGCGACAGCGCUUUCUUGCCAAUGGCUGAUGGGCCCAUGUUCAGUUAAUUCGGUGACUCUACCUGAUGGAAAAUCUUGGUCAAGUGGGGUGUUCGUUGAGAAAUGCAAGUAUCUGGAAGAGAGCAAAUGCCUUGGUAUUUGUAUCAACACGUGCAAACUACCAACACAGACUUUCUUCAAAGAUCACAUGGGUGUUGAUUUAUAUAUGGAGCCAAAUUUUGAAGACUAUAGCUGCCAGUUCAACUUUGGAGUGCCGCCUCCACCUCUCGACACUGACAAAGCCCUCAAGGAACCCUGCUUGGACAUUUGCACGAAUGUGAGGCGACGCAGGGAGCUUGGCAGAAAUAGUAGCCCAGAUGAGCUCGGUUGUCCCCAAGUUUGAUAUGCUACUUGCAAAAGUGUGCACAUUAAAUUAAGAUGGUAAAAUUCAGUAACGAUACCGCUUCUUUGAUUGUUGCAAGUUGUGCAAGGUGUGGUUCUCAACUCAACCAUGUCCUGUUAACCUAUGUAACAAUCUCAAAUAUUUUGAUAUAAUCAAUCCUGCUGCAUGUAAACCUUGAACAA